GCUCGCCUCACGGGCCUCCUGCCGCCAGGGCCUGGGGUUACUCCGUCACCCUGCUCAAAAGCACGCGCGCCGUGCGCCAUGGCAACACGUCAAGUUCAUAACCCUUUAUCUUUUAUAAUCUUCCUCUGUGUGCCGCAGGCUCUUAAACGUCCGUCCUGCGGCAGAUAAUGGCUUACCGUUGCUCAUUACCUACUAAUGCUCUUGCCACUCAACAGGUGCCAGCUGCCUUUACUCUCAUAAAUGGACUGAAAUUAUACAUUUACUUAUACUGUGAAUAAUAAUCCUAUAUUUGAAAUUCACGGCUUCUGUUGCAACGCUGAAGAACCGACUUUUUCAAUCUCAUAAAUACGGUAAGCAUACCUCCCUUUUUAUUUGAAGCCAUUUUAUAUGCUCCUAUUGAUGACACAAAUAGCACAGCAAAGAUUGGAAAUGGAAACAUUUUCUUCACUUUGUAUAAAAAAGAACCGGCCAUGUGGGAUUCCCUAACUCUAGCAAAUGAUGACAAGGAGAAACUACAGUAUCUGAGGGAGAAAGCUGUUCUAAAAGCCCAUGAAAAGGCAAAAGAGGAGACAGAAGCAAAAAAAAUUACAAAGCAAGAACACAAAAAAUAUGCUUUGGAGGCCACAAUGAAGCUAGAGGAAGCUGAAAGAAAAAGAAUUGAAGAUCUGAAAGAAAAGGAGCGGCAGAAGGUCACUAAAGAGUUGGAAUUAUGGAAAAAACAACAAAAAGAUGGUGAUAAAUACAAGAGCAUACAAAAAAAGGGUGAAUUACAUCAAGAAAUCGAGCCAUUAAAAGAGAGAAAAAGUGAAAAAAUGAACAAAACUCAGCUUUCUAAUGAAGGAACUCCUAAGACCAAACUCAAAUCCACAAAAGGUCACAGUUCCUGUAUAUUUUCACACAAUUUAAAGGAAGAACUAUUACCAGCUCCCCGAGCUGCUGCUACAAUUAAAGUCAACUUUACACCACGAGUUUUUCCCACAGCUCUGCGAGAAUCUCGUGUUGCUGAAGAGGAGGAGUGGCUACAUAAACAAGCAGAAGCUCGAAGAAUAAUAAAUUCUGAUUUAUCUGAGCUGCAAGAUUUAAAAGAAGAGGAGAAGAAUCCAGAUUGGUUAAAGGACAAAGGAAACAAAAUGUUUGCGAUGGGAGACUACCUUGGGGCAGUAAAUGCGUAUAACCUUGCGGUGAGGUUGAACAAUAAACUUCCCCUGCUGUACCUGAACCGUGCUGCUUGCCACCUUAAACUGAGAAAUUUACACAAAGCUAUCGAAGAUUCCUCUAAGGCAUUGGAACUGUUGACACCACCUGUUCCUGAUAAUGAGAAUGCUCGAGUGAAAGCCCAUGUGAGACGUGGAACAGCAUUUUGUCAGCUGGAAUUAUACACUGAAGGUCUUCAGGAUUAUGAAGCAGCUCUCAAGAUUGAUCCUAAAAAUAAAAAUAUAGAAAAAGAUGCUGAGAAGAUUCGACAUCUAAUUCAAGGAACAAUGCAAAGCUCUUAAUUAAAAUAUAUAUAUAUAUAUAUAUAAAAGAAACUCUUUGAUGCCUUUGAGGACAUUUUUGUGAUUCAUUUGGAACAGUUACAAAAUUGGUAAAAGAUUGGAUAUAUUAUUGGAAAGUAGAGUAUUAUAAACAUGGUUAGAUACAUUUUAUAUAAUUUUGAUACAAAGUUGUCAUAUUUUUGCUUUUUGUUAGCAUUCUGUAUUAUUCUAUCAAUCUGAAACCCUGGACUUGAAGCGGUUCCUUUUUGUUAAGUGUUCUUUCCAAACCAGGACCAUUUCAACUACACUUCUUUCAGUUUUAGCAGACUUCUGAAUUUUCUGCGUCAGUCUCUUCCCUGAAUACCAUUUAUGACUGAUUUCUUUCUUUAUAAUAAAGUAUUUAUCAUGCAGAUAUAUGUUAUUGUGUGCAAAUUUUACAGUGUUUUAUUAGGGAGAAGGUGGCAGGCUUUGUUUCUGGCUGUUUUACUUGGAGCCUUGAGAAGAGUGCUGAGGUGAGUCAGAAAUGUCUGGGGUAGCUGCUGCCCCUGCUUUCCUACAGAAAACUGCUGCAUUGCACUAGAAGGGGCUGAAAAUACUGUUUUUAUAACAGCUGGAAGGAGGGCAGUGCAGCAGUAUGAGUGCCUCAGCUGAGUGUAAUGCUAUACUUACAGAUAUUGCUGUUUUCUUUUUAUAAUUACUGAGGGGAAAUGAGGGCUAAGGAGGAGAGACUCUGGCAAUGGGAGAAAGAUACAUCUUAUUCAACCCAUGUUAGUCAGCCUUUCAACUAACAGGGCAAAGCAUUUCCAAUUUGUUAAGUGUUUAUGAUCAGAGCAAAUAUUGCUCAAGAUGUGUAUUGAAACAUGCAUGGUGGAGAGUGAGGAACUUAACUUUGACCUUAUUUAGUAAACUGUGGACAGUGGUAAUUUGAUUCAUAAUGACUAUGGAAGAUAGUAAAAUUUGAGAUUUAUGUCAAUUUCUGCAUUAGUGAUAAUCUUGAGCAUAGAAAAUGUCUUAAUAUGUGUGGCAAAAAUAGUAUGGGUAAUAAAAAUAUGCAUGAGAGUAAGAAUAGAGUGAGACUGGGUGAUUUGAUUGAGUUGUGACCUUUUUUCCUA